CGCACUAUUCUGGUGUGCUCGCUCUAGAAAUAUAAUGGAGAAUUCUCAAUUUCAAAACCCUGAUAACGGCGGAACAAGUAUUUACGACGCCGGAGUAUUAUUCGUCGAUGCGCCGGAAUACUAUCUGUCCGAUUAUCUCCUACCGGAAAAUAUCCCGCCGCCGGCGGAGCAACAAACUAUGGUGCCGACGGAAUCUGUCGGCAGUGGAUCUUCCAACCCGAUUCCAACCUCCAGUAACAUAGAAUACAAAAAUAGGACGAAGAAGAAAAUGGAGCGGACAAAGUCUAGGAUUGCAUUUAGAAUUAAAACUGAACUAGAAACUCUGGAUGAUGGAUUCAAAUGGAGAAAGUACGGCAAGAAGAUGGUUAAGACCAGUCCGAAUCCCAGGAACUAUUACAAAUGUUCUAGUGGAGGAUGCGGCGUUAAGAAGAGGGUGGAAAGGGACAGAGAAGAUUCAAGUUACGUAAUUGCAACGUAUGAAGGAGUGCACAACCAUGAAAGUCCAUGUGUGCUUUACUACACCCAUGAAAUGUAUCCCACACUACCUAUCGGGGCUCAUGAAUGGGCUUUACAACCUUCCUCCUUAGCGUCGUCUUCUUUAUGAUAAUUCUUGUGAAAUUUUGGUUUAGUUUCUCUCUCUCUCCCUCUCUCUCAUCCUUAUUAUGUAAUUCUAACCGUAAACCUAGUUUUAGACUUGGUGUUAUUAUAUAUUGACUUGUUUUUAUGUA